GUACAAGCAGACACUGUCAGUAUGAGAAUCAGACAGCAAUCGCAGCAGUGACAGCGCCUUAAUAUCUUACUGAAGUAGGCCAAGAUGAAACACUUUUGCACCAGCGGGACAAACGGAGAGGAAAAGUACCCUUGACGAAGUGGGAACUCUGACGAAAAAAAAAAUGGAGCAGAGUAGAAUAUCUGAUAAGAGAGACGAAGGCUGUACAGGACCAGUUCCUCUUGCUGACCCUGCUGUUCAUUCGCCCCAUCUCCACUGCACAGCCACCAGUGGGGCCACCGUGGUGGUUCCCAGCAUCAGCGGUUGUCAUAUUGGUGGUUCGGUCAUUAUCAGUGUAAACUCCAAAGGCCAAGAGCCUACCCUUCCAUCAGAAGCCUCAUAUAACCACACCACUGCACACACUCCUGUUGCUCUGCAGGCUGAAUAUGAUAAUAUUACAAAAUGUCAGCAGAAACUGAAGUCAACACUAAGGAGCAAGUUCAGCCAUUUGCUUGAGGGCAUGAUGAACCAAGGCUGCAAAACACCUCUCAACAAGAUCUACACAGAGCUCUACAUCACCGAGGGAGGAAGUGGUGAAGUCAACAAUGAGCAUGAAGUGAGACAGAUUGAGAGCGCAUCCAAGAUAAAAAUGACGCUGGAGAGGACGAUCCAGUGCAACAACAUCUUUGUUCCUCUACCGGGACAAGACCACCUGAUAAGGACUGUCAUCACAAGGGGAGUUGCUGGCAUAGGAAAAACAAUAUCAACUAAUAAGUUUAGUUUAGACUGGGCUGAGGAGAGAGCAAAUAAAGACCUAAACUUUGUAUUUCCACUUUCUUUUCGACAGCUGAACUUGAUGAAUAAGAAAGUCCUAAGUUUAGCGGGGCUCCUUGGUGUCAUUUUCCCCGAAACAAAAGACUUGGGGAUCUUCAAAUCACAUGACAAGUAUAAAAUGCUCUUCAUCUUAGAUGGUUUGGAUGAGAGCCGCCUGUCUCUCAACUUCCACAACAGCGAAAUAGUGUCCGAUGUGACUGUGCCAACCACGAUAGAUGUGCUUCUGACCAACCUCAUCAGGGGAAGUCUGCUUCCCUCUGCUCUUGUUUGGGUGACAUCCCGGCCAGCAGCCACCGGUCAGAUCCCUCCUGAGUGCAUUGACUUGGUGACAGAGGUGCGAGGGUUCAACAACUCACAGAAAGAGGAGUUUUUCAGGAGGAAAAUUGGUGACGAGAACUUGGCGAACAGAAUCAUCUCGCAUGUGAAAUCCUGCAGGAGUCUUCACAUCAUGUGUCACAUACCAGUCUUCUGUUGUAUGGCAGCAACAGUUCUUGAGAAGAAUCUGGCAACAAUGGACAGUAAAGACAUGCCCAAGACGCUCACUCAGAUGUAUAUAUACUAUCUGGCCAGGCACGAGGCGAGCAUGAACAUGAAGCUCCACGGAAGACGAGAGUCCAACGUUGCCCAGUCAAGAGACAACCUUAUGUCGUUGGGUCGGUUGGCCUUCAAAGAGCUGGAGAAGGGCCACCUGAUCUUCUAUGAGAAAGACUUGGUGCAGAAUAAAAUAGAUGUCACACAGGUGUCUCUGUUCUCCGGAGUCUACACGCAGAUCUUCAAUGAGGAGCUGGCACUGUGCAAGGAAAAGGUCUUCUGCUUCGUGCAUCUGAGCGUUCAGGAAUUCCUUGCCGCGUUGUACGUUUUUCUCGCAUUCAACAAUGACAACGACAACGUCUUGGUUAAAAAGUCAUCCACCUCGAGGCGUUUUCUGUUCAGAGACUCGUCAGUGCUCAUCCUCUACAAAGCUGCGGUGGAAAAGGCUUUGCAGUGCAAGAACGGACAUUUUGAUAUCUUCCUACGCUUUCUUUUGGGCCUCUCGCUGGAAUCCAAUCAGAGUCUUUUCAAACAUCUAUUGACCAAGAGCAGAACAAACCAGAAGACAAGACCAGAGAUCAUCAAAUACAUCAAGGAGAAGAUCAGGGACAGCACCUCGCCCGACAGAUGUAUCAAUCUGUUUCACUGCCUGAAUGAGCUGAAUGACCACUCCCUGGUGGAGGAGAUUCAGAGCUACCUGAGCUCGGGCUCUCUUUACACAUCAAAACUUUCCCCAUCUCAGUGGGCCACUUUAGGCUUUGUAUUACUGACUUCAGAAGAAGAGCUCAGUGUGUUUGAGCUGAGCAAGUACAGCAGGUCAGAGGAAGCUCUUCUGAGGCUGAUGCCUGUCGUCAAAGCAUCCCGAGUAGCAGAUCUAAGCGGAUGUAAACUCACGCAAACCUGCUGUGAAACUCUAGCAAAUGCCAUCAGCUCAUCCCAACUGAGAGAGCUGGACCUGAGCGACAACAACCUGACAGAUGCAGGGGUAAAGCAUCUCUCUGUUGGACUGAAGAGAAGCAAACUGGAGACACUCAGACUGAAGAGCUGUAACCUCACGGAGAAAAGCUGUGAUGUCCUCUUCUCCGUGAUCAGCUCAACCUCUUCUCAGCUAAAACUGCUGGACCUGACUGAUAAUGACUUACAGGAUGUGGGAGUCAAAAAGCUCUCUGAUGCAGUGGGCAGUUUUUAUUGUAAACUGGAAAUACUCAAUUUGCCCCUAUGCAGGGUCACAAAAGAGGGAUGUGCUUUCCUAGCAUCCGCUCUGAAAUCCAACUCCUCCCAACUGAGAGAGCUUGACCUGAGCUACAACCACCCAGAGGACUUUGGCCUGAGCCUGCUCUCUGCCCUGCUAGAAGACACACACUGCAGUCUGCAGAAACUCAGUGUGGAUCAGUGUGGUGAAUCCAGAAUCCAAAUGGGUCCAAAGAAAUAUGUCACUGAACUCACCCUGGACCCAAACACAGCACACAGAGACCUCACACUUUCAGAGGGGAACAAGAAGGCAACACGGUGGACCAAGCAGACGUAUCCCGACCACCCUGAAAGGUUUGACUUCUGGACGCAGGUGCUGUGCAGGGAGGGUCUGAUGGGACGCUGCUACUGGGAGACGGAGUGGAGUGGGAGGGCUCUGAUCGGGGUGGCCUACAAGCAGAUGAACAGGAAAGGAGAGGACCACGACAGCUGGCUGGGCCAUAACGACGCAUCCUGGGGCCUGAGCUGCUCAAAAGACGGGUACAAGACUUGGCACCAAGGUAUAGGCGCCGCUAUACCCGCUUCCCCCAGUUCCAACAGAGUAGGGGUGUAUCUUGACUGGUCCGCUGGAUCACUGACCUUCUACAGCAUCUCCUGCGGGACACUCAGCCUCCUGCACACCUUCCGCACCACCUUCAACCAGCCGCUAUACCCAGGAUUUAGGCUCGGCUGGGUGGACUCCACGGUGUACCUGUCCUGAGGAUAAACACUGCCUGGACAAGGAAAUAUCCUCUCAUUACCCCGUCCGGAUAAAUACUGGAGACAUGGUGUAUAUUUUUGUUUCUGUUUUGAAAUUAAACUUGACACUGUAUUUUUUA